ACACAUAUGAUGGAGAUGGCUGCAGCUCGAGUAUGGAGAUUGAGCCAGGAUAUUCAUGCGCAGGAGGAAGUAUUUCAUCUUCAGAUAUUUGAAGUACAUCAUGUGAGGCUUCACCUGGAGUAUGUUAUGAUGGAAAUACUGCUGAUGAUGAUGGAUGCUCUAGCACCUGCCAAGUAGAACCAGGUUACUCUUGCAGAACCAUUGAUGCAUCCUACACCUGUUUGGCAUACUGUAAAGAUGGAUUGAAGAAGCCUUCUGAGCAAUGUGAUGAUGGACAAUUAGAUAUUGCUACUUACCCAGGGUGCAAUUUAGACUGAACAAUCGCAGUAGGCUAUGAGUGAUUAGGAGGAACUCCUUCAUCUGCUGAUGUUUGAAACCCUAUCUGUGGAGAUGGAAUAAAAAUGCCUGGAGAAGGCUGAGAUGAUGGCAACAAGGAUCCGGCAGAUGGCUGCAGUCCUACUUGUACAGAAGAAACAGGCUUCAGUUGUUUAGGCGGUAGUCCUACUAGUGCAGACACUUGAUCAUCGGUUUGUGGAGAUUCAAUAAAAACACAUGUUGAAGCUUGAGACGAUGGCAAUGGUUUUUCUAAUGAUGGCUGAAGCAACACUUGCUUGAUAGAAAUAGGAUAUGAUUGCACUGGAGGGUCUCUCACAUCUGCAGAUACCUGAUCUUCUAUAUGUGGAGAUGGAAUCAAAGUCACUCCAGAACUCUGAGACGACGGCAAUGAUUCACCUAACGACGGCUGAAGCAACACUUGCUUGAUAGAAAUAGGAUAUGAUUGCAUUGGAGGAUCUCUCACAUCUGCUGAUACCUGAUCUUCUAUAUGUGGAGACGGCAUCAAAGUCACUCCAGAACUCUGAGACGACGGCAAUCUCGAUGAUGAAGAUGGGUGUAAUUCUGAUUGUACUCUGAUUGAAGACGAUUAUGCUUGAAUAGGAGGAUCAACAUCAGGACCCGAUACAUGCGAUAUAGUAUGAGGAAAUGGGAUUCUUCUUCCAUCAACCGACCCAAUUCUUGAAUGAGACGAUGGAAAUACUGAUAACGGGGACGGCUGUAGCGAAAACUGUAGAGUCGAGGAUAACUGGAUUUGCACUGAAGGUAGUUUAACUUCCCCCAGUGUAUGAAAUCUGUGAGAACUAGACUUUUGUACAAAAUGUGAAAGUCAAGACCAUACUGUAUGUACUUUAUGAGAUAGAGGAUACGAACUCGACAAAGAUUCGUUGUGUACAAAAACUACUGAGCUUUUUAUGACUGAUGAUGGAAAGAGAGUAGUUUCUUCUUCACAGUACAUUUCAAUGGUAGCUGUUGGAGCUUCGUUCUUAUCAUCUGUUUUAAAGAUGAGUUCUCCUGUUGCAGUCUGGGCUAUUUUGAACCAGAUGCAACUGAUGGGCUUAGUUACUCUAACAAGAGUUUACAUCCCUGAUGAUCCAAAAGGAAUGUUGUUAGGAGAAGGAUCCGGGAUUCCUUUCUCAUUAUUAUCUCUAAAGCCAGCUAUUGUACCAUUCUAUAAUGAUUUGGACGAAAUGAUGAACUUUAACCAAAGUGCCGUCGAAUUAGAAGCAAUUGGAUUGGAGUCAGGAAGCUCAUUGAUCAAUAAUGUCGGAUUAAUAGUAUCAAUUGUUCUGUAUACUAUUUUACAUAUUUUUAUUUUCUGUAUGCCAAAGUGAAAGGUCAAGACUGAAAAACAAAAAUGCAGAAAAUUUUGCAAUGCCUCUGUUGAUAGCCUGGCCAAGUUAUUCACGUUUACCAUCUACAUCCGGACAUUCAUUGAGUCAUAUCAAUAUUGCUUGCUAUCUGCUUUUUCUGCCUUUAUGAGAAUGGAGUUUAACACUAUGCAAACCAAGGUAUCAGUUAUGUUUUCUAUCCCUAUGUUCUUCUGCUGUUGAUGCUUCCUCCAGCUUUCAUUAUACAUAGUCUAUCUUUUAAACAAUGAGUUCGAGAAAGAGCCCAAGAAAUGUAAAGAGUUUUUAUCAGGUGUCAAGGAGAAGAACUGGGCCAGAUUGUACUGCUUCUUCGGAUUACUUAGAAGACUAUUAUUUUGCUCUUUUGUGAUCUUCUGUGUGGCAAUUGGAACCCAGCUUCUCAUUGUGGGAUUUUUAUUAAUCCAACUUCCAUAUCUGGCCUAUAUUUUGAUAAUUAGGCCGCUUAAAGAAACCAAAGAUAAUUUAAUGGAAUCUAUCAAUGAGAUUUUGCUCACCGUCAUUAUCCUUUAUCUCUGUAUUGUAAACACUCCUGAAGCCUGGAGUUCUAUUCUCACUUCAACACUGCUGUACAUUCUAUUUGCUCACCUUAUUGUUAUCGCUCUAAUUCCAACAGUAACUUGCUUCUUUGCCAGUGGAAAAAUCAUAAAAAAGGCAACCAGUAAAUCCUCUGUGAUACAUGUUCAAGCACUCCAAAAUCCAGGAGAGAUAAGACUCGACUUAACUAAUGCCCAAAGUGGCCUUCCAAGUCGAACUUCUAGCGUACUUACCGGAUCCCCAAUGCAAAAAUGGCCUUCCCUGAAACCAACAGAACUACAACCCACCAUUAAAUUCCAAUAA